UGGUUGAAUGUCAAAGUUUGAAUUUUGAAAUCACGUGGUCAACAAGUGGUCAAGUUAGAACAGCACAAAAUCGUAAAAUCAGUUGAUUAAUUACCUGUAAUAUAACAUUAUAUAUUAACUAUGGAUUUCACUAAACAAUUAGAAGAAUUGGCUAUAAACCUCUUCAAAAUUGACGCUGUUAAAUUCGGCGAAUUUACCACCAAAAGUGGUAUGAAGACGCCUGUUUAUUUUGAUUUAAGGGUUAUAGUUAGCUAUCCAGCUAUAAUGGAAUCAAUAUCCAACCUACUAUAUACAAGUUCAUUGAUUAGUCUAGAAUAUGACCAUAUUUGUGGAGUGCCUUAUACAGCUUUACCAAUUGCAACAUUGCUCAGUGUUAAAGCUAAUAAAUCUAUGCUAAUGAGACGAAAAGAAGCCAAAUCUUAUGGCACUAAAAAACUUAUUGAAGGUCACUUUUCCAAGAAUCAAAAAUGCUGUAUAGUUGAAGAUGUGGUAACAUCUGGUUCUAGUGUACUUGAAACUGUAAAUGAUUUAAGGAAAGAAGGUUUGGUUGUUGAGCAGGCUGUUAUCAUUCUUGAUAGAGAACAAGGCGGCAGACAAAAUCUAGAAAAAAAUAAAGUGACAAUGAUGUCUCUUUUAACAAUGUCGGAGUUGAUUAAAAUUUUGGUUGACAAUAAUUGUAUCACUAAGGAGAUUGGAGUUGAAGUUAUGAAUUACUUAAACAGUACUAAAGCACCAUCUGUGAAAUCAUCUAAAGAGAGUGCUGUAAACAGAUUAAAUAUGCCAUAUGAAAAAAGAGCAGAAGUAUCAAGAAACUCUAUAGCGAAACAGCUGUUCACCAUAAUGGCUACUAAAAAAACAAAUCUCUGUAUCUCUGUUGAUCUGACAUCAUCUAUACAGAUAUUGAAUCUUCUAGAAAAAGUUGGCGAACAUGUGUGUCUUGUGAAAACACAUGUUGAUAUAAUAGAAGAUUUUAAUACCAAUUUUGUAGAACAACUAAAGCAACUGGCAACAAAAUUCAAUUUUCUUUUACUAGAAGACAGGAAAUUUGCUGAUAUUGGUAACACUGUAUCACUUCAAUACUCAAAAGGUGUGUACAAAAUAAGUGAAUGGGCAGACUGUGUUACUGUACAUUCCUUACCAGGGGAAGGAAUUUUAAAGGCAUUGAAUAGUACCAGUUCAGAUAAAAAUAAGGGUGUUCUCCUUCUCGCUGAAAUGAGCAGUGAAGGCAACCUUAUAACACCAGACUAUACAAAGGCAACUGUGAGAAUGGCAGAAAAAUAUCCACAGUUAAUGACUGGAUUCGUUUGUCAAAAUGCAGUUACCUUUGAUGACCCAGGACUUAUACAAUUAACACCCGGAGUUCAAUUAGAAAAACCUAAAGAUAAUCUCGGCCAAGUCUACAAUACACCAGAGAAAGUGAUUGAAAAUGGAGCUGAUGUAGUUGUAGUAGGGCGUGGUAUAGUUGCAUCCAAGAAUCCAGAAACUGAAGCAGUACUUUAUAAGAACAUUUUAUGGAAAAGUUAUUCAAAGAGAAUUAUGGGCAAAAUGGAAUAAUUAUAGCUUUCCAAAUUAUGUUUCAUACUAUUACAUCAACAUAAAGCUAUAAGGUAAAGACUAAUUCACAUAGAAAUGAAGAAAAUUAAUUCCCCUGAAGCUAAAUUAUCAAUUUUACUACUUGUGACAUGGUUAGAUAUUAACUGAUCAAGAAAAUAACAAAAAAAUUACAACAAAAUCACGCACAAAGAUGACAUAAAAGUAAAUUAAUUUUGUUCGGAAAAUAUAAAAUAUCAGAAAUUGGAAAUCGUAACAAAUAUCGUUGGUUUCUGGGACCAGUCAUAUCAUCAUCUCUUUCGUUACUUUAGACUAAACAGAGAUAAUAUGUUUUAAACAAGUAUUUUGUUUUCUGAAAUAAACAAUUACAUAAUUCAUAACAUAUUAGUAGAUAGUAAGCAAUGAUUCCAUUCCAUUUUCUAUUCAUAAAAAAAAUUGUAUUUUAUAGAUGUAAGAUAAUGUGUAUUUUUAUACAGAUUAUAAGGCUUAUAGCCUGUAU